AUGCCCUCUCUCUUCCCGAGCCAAAGCGCUCAGGUCUGCGGCUCCCGAGUCUGGGGAGCUUUCUGUGAUCAGCGGCCGGCGUCCCACAGGUCUAGCCGGGGUGCCCUCGGCGCGGGGCUCGGGGCAGACUACUGGAAGUCACAACCAAAGAAAUUCUGUGAUUACUGCAAGUGUUGGAUCGCAGACAAUAGGCCUAGCAUUGAAUUUCAUGAAAGAGGAAAGAAUCAUAAAGAAAAUGUGGCGAAGAGGAUCAGUGAGAUUAAACAGAAAAGCCUGGAUAAGGCGAAGGAGGAAGAAAAGGCAUCAAAGGAGUUUGCAGCAAUGGAGGCAGCUGCCCUGAAAGCAUACCAGGAGGAUUUGAAGAGGCUCGGCCUAGAGUCAGAGAUCUCCGAGCCAAGUGUGUCACCAGUAACCAGCACUGUCCCACCCGCCUCUGCAUCAAAUCAGCAGAAAGAAAAGAAGAAAAAGAAAAAAGACCCUUCAAAGGGCAGAUGGGUAGAAGGCAUAACCUCUGAGGGUCACCAUUACUAUUAUAAUCUUAUCACAGGAGCAUCUCAGUGGGAGAAACCUGAAGGAUUUCAAGGGAACUUAAAAAAGGCAACAGGGAAGACUGUGUGGAUAGAAGGGUUAAGUGAAGAUGGCUAUACCUAUUAUUAUAAUACUGAAACAGGGGAAUCCAGAUGGGAAAAACCUGAUGAUUUCAUUCCACACUCCGGUGAUCUGCCUUCUAGUAAAGUCAAUGAAAAGUCACUGGGCACCCUAGAAGAGUCCAAAUCAUCAGAUUCACAUAGUGAGUCUGAUGGCGAACAGGAAGCAGCAAAGGAGAAAAAAAAAGAAGAGAUCCCAACAGAAACACAAAAGCUAAUAAUAAAGUUUAAGGAAAAAAAUAAAAAUAGUAAUAAAAGAACUGAACCAGAAACACAGAAAGAAAAAAAUACCCAAGGGAAGAAUUCAUCAGGUCCAAGUGAAGAAAAACCCAAAGAAAAAAAUACCCAAGGGAAGAAUUCAUCAGGUCCAAAUGAAGAAAAACCCAAAGCUCAUAAAAAACCAAACCCAUAUGGAGAAUGGCAGGAAAUUAAACCAGAAGUUGAGUCCCAUGAGGAGGUAGAUUUGGAACUUCCAAGCACUGAAAAUGAAUAUGUAUCAACUUCAGAGGCUGAUGCUGCUGGGGAACCUCAACUGGUUUUUAAAGAAAAAACAGUCACUUCUCUUGGAGUCGUGGCAGACGGAGUGGCCCCAGUCUUCAAAAAGAGAAGAAUUGAAAAUGGGAAGUCUAGAAAUUUAAGGCAACGAGGUGAUGAUCAAUAA